AUGUCAAACAAAGGCUUAUUGAACAAAAGACGACUGAUUUUCGAUGAUUAUACAAUUCUGUGGCUCGAAGUUGCAGGUGAUUAUUCCAAGCUUCAAGGGAAAAUAAGAAAAUUAAUCGGUGACAACAAUAAUUUACAUACGUUCACUGGCGCAGCUCAAUGCUAUGAUUAUUUGUUAUCUUUAAGAGAAGAAAAAGUGCUUCUAAUUUUAUCAGGUGUUGCAAAGGACAAUAAGGAGAAAUGGUACGCACCACUUCAGACAUUUGGAUCACGUAUUUUUAUGCGACAACAGGUUAUUCGUAUUUACAUCCUUGAUUCACACAUCACAACUCCCAGUAUAUUAUAUCCGCUCUGGAAUAAAACACAAAUUAAAAGUGAUCAGGAAAUCUUGUUCUUUGAUACAGAAGGCACCUUGAUCGACAAAGUGGCUAGUGAUGUUUUACACCGAACACGGGACUUGAAUGAAGAAACAGUUGUUAUUUGCUUACGUCGCAGCGAGCAGCACAAUAACACUCUUUUUAAAUAUCUAAGCCUUACGUCAAUACAUGCUAAGACACCAUGUGCCGAAUUCAAGACAUUUGAAACUACUGAAGAGUGUCUGGAUUAUAUUGUAUCAAUUCAACAUAAAACCAUAUUUUUAAUUACAGGUACGGACAUUGCCAAUAUUUUUUCAAUUUUUACUCUAAUGCAUUGGGACAAACAAGCAUUCAUGAUCAAGAGGUUAGCCAGUAUCUAUCUUCUUGUGACAGAUAAAUACAGAGAUCAUUUCGACAACAGUUUUUAUCGAGAGGUCUGUUAUUCUAUUAAUGACAACACAUUUUUGAAUUAUUUCGCCAAAGAUAUAGCACCCAGAUCACCUUUGCUUGUACCACAUGGAAAUAUUAACUUUACUGUGGACGAAAAACAAGUUUCAAUGCACAAUUUGAGAAAAGAGAAAUUUUAUUUACUGGUUGAUAUUUUGAGUAAAAUACCACAAACAGAAAGUGCCAAACAUGAGAUGAUCGAAGAAUGCCGUCGAUGGUAUCCAGAGAAUUUAAAAAAUGAAAAGGAACGAAAGAACAUUGAUGAAUUCGAACGAAACUAUUCAAAUUCAAAAGCAUUUUCGUGGUAUUCGCGACCCUCAUUUUUGUAUAGAUUGUUGAACGAAGCCUGUCGAACAGAAAAUAUUGAUUUAAUGUAUGCAUUUCGUUAUUAUAUUUCGGACCUUUAUAGUCAGUUAGAAGCUCGGCAUGCUAAAUAUGUAAAAGAACUAUGUGGUAUAACAAUAACAGUCUUUCGAGGACAGAACAUGUCUAUAAGUGAACUGGAAGAAAUUCGAGAAAAUAUUGGUAAAUAUUAUUCAACAAACACUUUUCUGUCGACAUCUGCAAACCGAGACGUUGCACUAUUUUUCUUGGGUGAAAAUGUGCAGCCGACAUUGGAAAUUGUACCCGUUCUCUUGUCCUAUUCGAUUGAUACUAAUCUGAAGACAAAACCGUAUGUAGAUAUUCGACAUGAAAGUAUAAAUAUUCAUGAACAAGAGUUUUUACUUUCAAUGGGUACAGUAUUCCGAACUGAUUCAGUUGAACUGUUGCCAGAUAACAAUAUUUGGUGUAUCGCCUUGAGUAUAGUAAGUGAUUUUGAUAAAGACGACGAAUUUGAAGAGGAAUUGCAAUUGUUUAAUGAUGAAAUUCAAUCAACAUCGAUACUAGUUGUACUAGGUGAUUUUCUUUGUGGUAUGAAUGAAUUUGUCAAAGCAGAGCAGUAUUAUCUCCAAGCUUUACAUGAAUACGAAACAACAUCAAACUUUGAAGAAGAAACAACAGUAAAGACGAGAACAAUGAGUUCUAAUAUGUUGAUUGAAUUAUAUCGACGAUUGGGUGAAGUCUAUUGGAAGAAAGGAGAAUAUUCAUCUGCAGUGGACUAUUAUGAAUUGGCACUGAGUGCUUGCUCAAAGUAUCAAGUUGACAACAAGCUGUUGAUCGGAACAAUAUAUGAAGCUAUGGGCGACAUGUACUUAGAGAUAUGUGAUCACUCAAAUGCAGUCAAAAAUUAUGAAGCAUCAAUGAAAUCCGAAGCAUUAGAUCCUAUUUUUCUGGCUAUUAUUAUGAACAAACUUGGUUCUGCUCAUGAAAAACAGAAUGACUGGCGUCGGUUUGUUUAUGGCCCAUUUCUUUUAUUAUACCUUGAUUCUCGUUUUUGUGCACGAAUUAGCACUGAAGUUUAG